AUGCCUCCUCGCAAGAAGGCAAAGCGCGCGCAUUCCACCACGCCACAAGAUGACGCUGCGGUGCAAUCCACUGUGAAUACCCCCGGGUCAAGCGACAGCGCCGGAAAGCCUGAACCCGAACACGAUUUCCUUACAGAUCCCUGGACGGAUGAGCAGGAGACUGCACUGUUGAAGGCAAUCAUCAAAUGGAAGCCAGUUGGCGUCCACAAACACUUCCGUAUGCUUGCAAUUGCAGACUACUUGAAGAGCCAAGGAUAUGGCCCCUCCACGGCAGACCAUAUGCGCAUCCCGGGGAUAUGGAAGAAGCUAGGCACACUUUACAACCUCGAGGCUCUCGACGAGCGGGAAAAUUCUGUCAUCAGAGACACCAACGACGACGAGGACGAGGAAAAAAGUGAAAUGUACUGCCCAUUCGAACUCCCGUACGAUGAAUAUGGCGACAUGAUGUUCGAAAGACGAUUAGCAGCGGAAGGAUCCUCCUCGCCUGUGACCAGCCGCCACGCUGAGUCGCGACGGGGCAGCACUGUAGCAGACACAGACGAGCCUCGCUCUUCCCCGGUUCCCUCACGAGGCCGCAAGUCCACCCGCGGUACCCGAUCAGCUGCGCGCGAAACACGGUCUACAAAGCUUCAUGUCGAAGUUGGCUCUGGUAGUCAAGGAGAAGCAUCCGACGAUGGGGGCAAAUCAGAUGGAGAGGACACGGGUGCCAAUGAUGAAGGGGACGAAGAAGGCGAUGAGGGCUCUGAUGGAGGGAAGGAUAGCGAGGGCGAGGAAGAAGAAGCCGAGGAAGAAAAGGAGGAAGAAAAGGGCGGUUCGCGAAGCACGCGGGCAAAAACGUCAACGUCAACAUCAAAGUCCAAGUCGAAGGACAAGAAGGCUUCCGCGAGUACCGGGACGCGUCGAACGAAUCGUCGACGUUGA